AUGUCCGGCAUGUCAGACUCUUCAUUGCCCGUCGUCGGCCCACGAAGAGCCGCUCGACCUCAUCCGCUCGGUAAAGACUUGCGCCUGCGCAUUCAUCUCGACGGGUGCAGAGGUCUGCCUCAACCGGAGACUUCAACUGAAGGUUCUGCGCCUCGAUACUUCUAUGUCAUGGUUUGGUCUACCUCGAGCCAGGAUAGUGGGGACUUUGCGACCUCUUCGAGUGUUUAUGAGGGCACAGGCUACCUCCAAGGCACGAUACGAUGGGAUGAGAUUCUGGACAUUACCUGUUUCGAGCGCAGUCUUGUUCGUAUCACGUUGUAUGAUGACGAAUCCAACAAAAUCUGCGAGAGUGGCUUCCCUGCUGGAGAUCUAUUGCAGGUUUCUUCCGUAUCACUUCUGCCGACGUCUUGGACCAAAUUUCACUGCGGCACCACCCAAGGAUGCACUCUCUCCAUAUCUGCAUCUACAGUCCCUGUUGAUAGCGAAGAACAGAACCGUAAACUCGACAACGCAAGCAGUAUGGUGUUUGAGCGUGAUGAUGCUUCCUCGGGAUUGCAACUGACGGCGAGGUCAUGGGAUGUUGCUUUUCAUGGACUUGCCUCUUUUGGGGAAGCCGUAUUGCGAGCAAAUAUCGCGCGCACUGGCGGCAAUGUAUAUUUGGCACAGCAUUGGACCUACAGAGUGUACCAGACAUGCAGUACACGACAAUCUCAUGAUCCGCGAAUCGACAGCCUACUCGACUCCUUGAUGACGGCUGUGAGUCAAUGUGCACAGGUGCAAGCCACGCGUGUGCUGCAGAGGAAAGAUUGUGUUGAGGAAAUAUUUGGAGAAUUAUGUCGGCUAGCGUCUGACAUGGAUGAUAUUGCUGGAGAUCCUGCCUCCGAUCCUGCCACAUUCUGUCAGGAUGAGCUGGCAAGACUCGUCAUAAUCCUUGUCACGCCGGACCCACCCACCGGAGUCAGCAGCACCUCCCCCAGCGCAGAUUGGGCCGCAAUCUAUGGGACAGUCGCCAAGGACGCGCUCCUCUUUACCUUGGAGGGCAUCGUACAGUCGUCCGACGCCUUUCCGCCUCUGAAGAGUGCAGCCAGCGGACUCCUAUUCUUCGCGACGUCAGCGGACAUGGCGUCCAGUAACAAGAAGCACAUCCGCGACAUCCACAAGCGCGUCAACGGCCUGACCGCCUCGCUCAAACGCGGGGCUGCGGAAGGCAGCAUGCUCGCGCCAGCGCAUCAAGACGCCAUCAGCGCUCUCGCCGCCGACAUCUCUGCGCUGAAAGAAGACCUUGAGAGCAUCGUCAACGAGCGCAAGAACCGCUUCAGGCGCUACUUCAGCGCGAAACGCCAUCGCGAAGAGCUGCAGGAUAUCGUAUGGCAGCUGGACAAUGCGCGUUCGAACUACACUACGGCGGUGGCCACGCUGAACGCGACGACGAACGCGCAGGUUUUGGCUCAUGUACGGGCAUUGACGGUCGUCAUGGGCGUGAACCCGAUGCAUUUGCCUGGGACGCGGCCUGUGGACGCUGUCUCGUUCCCGUUCGGGACUUCUCGCUUCCAAGAGGCCGCGCUGUCCUCCUCGAAUGGCGCGAGCUCAUUUGCGAUACCUCGGUUCAUCACAAGGUGGUGUGAGCAGAACGUCAAUGAGGAGGGUGGAGCAAUGAGACGGAUUGUGACUCGAGGUGUCUUCAAGAAGGAUAUGCAAUAUUCUCAAGAAGAACACUCCUCCGUUCGUGGUAGCUCGGGUUUGGCUCGGCUGUUCAAACCUCCGCGCCGAAUAUGA